AUCUCCACCAUCGUAUUUUUCCUUAAUAAUUGAAAGCCACAAACUCUCUCUUCCCUCAACCAAUCACCCCCACCAUUUGCUGAGUAAAGAUAGAUUAAAAGAUCUAAUGUCUUUGAUUCCUAACCCUCUUCCUUUUUAUUUUGGCAAACCUUCUUCCAGUUAACCUAAUGGACUUUUGUAGCCGACAAUCUAAGGUUGAGUAUGAGAGAAAAAAAGAGAGAGAGAGGCAGGGAUGUAGGUACUGGACAAGAACUAUGGGUAAGACGAAAAGCACUGAACAGAGAGUAUGACCGACCAAGAGCUAGUAUGCGACAGUGGGGGACGAAGGACACAAAGCAGGACGGACAGAGCAGACGGCAACAGAGGAAUGUAGAGUGGGGAUAUGACAAGGGACUGUAUAAGCAGGCUAUGGCUUUCUUCUUUACCAACUUUCUCGACGACUGGAGCUAUUCAGAAAUGUGGAGGACUUUUGGGAAAUUUGGUAGAGUGUAUGCCAUCUUCAGCCCUCAAAGAAGGAACAGAAAUGGGAUGAGAUUCGGGUUUGUUAGGUUCCUGGAUGUACAGAAUCUGUGGGCCAUGGAGAACCAACUUGAUAAGAUUCGCAUAGGAGGCCACAAAAUAUGGAUUAAUUUAGCUAAAUACCCAGUGGAGGAGACUGAGCCUAAGAAGAUCAGUAGAUUUUUGAACUCAAACUCAGUUGUACAAGGAAAAACUUAUGCAGAUGUGGUUAGAGGACAGAAGGGAAAGAACCCGUGGAGAUUUGAGGAACAACCAGUUGAGGAAAGGCCAGUUUAUGUGCACAAAGAAGGAAGUAGCAGAGGGACAAAUAGAACUCACCAACAACCAACUUGUGCGUCUGAAGAAGGUAGAAACAAAGGGACAAACAUAUCAAUUCAACAGAGACAAACUUGGAGGAAGAAAAACAGAGGCGAGGAGUGGUCAGGAAUUGAGUUCAAGAUCAAGGAAGAAGACUAUGAGUGGCUCCGCGGUUGCUAUGUCGGUACAGCAUGUUCCUUAGAAAGUAUACCCAAUCUGCAAGAAAAGCUCUACAUGGAAGUGACAUGGGGUAAGUUCAUGUGCUUAGAUGACAACACAAGCAGGAAAUUAAGGUUUGACGUGGGUGCUGAUCUGGAACAGCUCGCCGGUGAUGGAGAAGAAGAAGGAGAAAACAGGGAUUUCAGCCAAAUUGAUAAAUGGUCAACUGCCAUUCCGAGAAAUGAGGUGGAAUUUGAAUUCGAAGAAGAAGGGGGUGAUGUGAAAGGUCACAACCUGGUGGAUAGCUCUCCCUAUAGCUGGCUGGGUGAAGAAGAAUCAAUGGAAGUAGUAGCUGACAGUUUUGACAUGUCCCCAGAAGCUAGUGAAUUAGGAGGUAGAGUAGAGGCGGGUUUUUUUAAAAUCAGUCCACAAAAGCAGUUGUCUACAGACCCUAUCGAGAGUUCAGCUGGCAAUAACUUGGGCCUGCAGCAUAAGCCCAACUUAGAGGCCACAUGCCAAGCCCGUGGCAAGGAACAGAAAGCGGGAAGGCAGAUAUGGGCUGACCAGUUGAAGGAUACAACCAUAAGUAUGGUAAAUGAGUCUAGAAUUGAGCUAGAACCUAUACCGCAGCGUGAACAACAGCAGCAGAGGCAAAAGAAAAAAGCAGGGUCGUUGGGAACCAACAGAGAGUUCUGGGCAGAUCUGCAAAGUGAGGAAGAAAGUGAAAAAGGGGAGAAGAACAGAGCUGCAGUAAAAGGGAAGAAAGCACGGCGUGAAGAUAUACCAAAGUUUCAGCCGGGCUUGAACAAGGAAGUCGCAGGGGGUUCUGUGGGAGAUAGUGGUAUACAGAAUCGAAAUAGAUUAUUGAAGGAACACCCAAGUCGCAGAAUUGCAGAGGAGCUGUGGGAUUUUGCUAGAAAAAUUGGGGUUGUUGCUGAAAAUGAGGAACAAAUCAUCAACAAGCUUGACGAUGGAGAUGCAGGUUUGGGGCGUGCUGGUAAGAAGAGACUUUUAAGGGAUAUAGUGAGUAAAGAAAAAAUAGAUUUUUUGGCUUUACAAGAAACGAAGGUGACAGGGAUAGAUAGAAACACAUGUAAAUUGGUGUGGGGCACUGAAGACUUCGGUUGGGUUGCAAAGGAUGCAUGUGGUUUGUCUGGAGGCAUACUCUGUGUAUGGAAUUCCAAAGCUCUCACAAUGUCUAGAGUAAUAGAGGGUGAGAACUUUAUAGGAAUAGAAGGGGUGUGGGGUCCGGAGGGGGUUGUUGUCUUCAUUUUAAAUGUGUACUCCUCAUGCCAGUUAGCAAGGAAGAGAGUUUUGUGGGCAGAGCUGAAAAAUCUGGUAUUAGAUAGACAGAGCAACUGGUGUAUUGCAAGGGAUUUUAAUGUAGUUAGGAAUGAAGAGGAAAAAAAGGGAAGCAGAGGAGUUACUAUAGAGAUGAGAGAGUUUAACAACUUUAUUCAAGAAACAGAGUUGGUUGAUAUUCCUCUUGUAGGUAGAAAAUUCACCUGGUACCAGUCUAAUGGGAACAGUAUGAGCAGAAUAGACAAAUUUCUACUAUCGGAAGGGUGGUUGACAAAGUGGAGUGAAGCUAGACAAUGGGGCCUUAGUAGAAUAGUGUCGGAUCAUUGUCCAAUCCUACUCAGGCAUAAGCAUAUUGAAUGGGGGCCUAAGCCAUUUAAGUUUUUCAAUGCAUGGUUUCAACAAGAAGGUUGUAAGGAGUUGAUUAAAGAGGUGUGGGGGUCGGCAAACAUCCAAGGAUGGGCAGGGUUUCAACUUAAGGAAAAACUGAAAUUGACAAAGGAAGCUUUGAAAAGGUGGAGCAAACCACUCCUCCCAGAUAUUGAUGCCAGAAUAAAUAAGGCUACAAUAGAGAUAGCACAAAUUGAUAAGAAGGGGGAAGAGGUACAGCUGUCGGAGGAAGAAAUCAUAAGAAGAAGAGGGGAUUUCUUACUUCUAUGGGAAAACAUGAAGAGCAAGGAAAGUAUGCUAUGGCAGAAAUCUAGAAAGACAUGGUUGACCCUCGGCGAUGCCAAUACAAGUUUCUUUCACAAGUGCGUCAAGGGGAGAUGGAGAAGGAAUGAAAUGACUUCUAUUCAAAUCAAAGGAACACAAAUUGUGUGUGCUAGUAGAAUGAAGGAGGAGAUUGCUUCCUUUUUUGAAGACAUCUUCAGAGAAGAACAGUGGGACAGACCAAAGCUAGAAGGGGUGAGCUUUAAGCAGAUUUCACAAUUAGAAAAUGAUCAUCUGGUUGGAGCUUUCAGUGAUGAAGAGAUAGAUGCAGCGGUGCGAGAGUGUGACAGUUCAAAGGCGCCUAGACCAGAUGGAUUCAAUUUCGGCUUUGUCAAGAAUGUGUGGGAGCUAAUAAGGGUAGAUGUAAUCAGAUUCUUGCAUGAUUUCUAUAAAAAUGGCAAGCUAGUUAGAGGACUUAACACAUCUUUCAUAGUCCUUGUGCCGAAAGUGGAUAACCCACAGAAGAUAGAGGAAUAUAGACCCAUUUCCCUCAUCGGCGUUAUAUAUAAAAUCCUUGCAAAGCUUCUUGCUAACAGGUUAAAGGUGGUCCUUGAUGGGAUUGUCGGUGAACAACAGAUGGCAUUUAUUAGAGGAAGGCAACUAAUGGACGGAGUAGUGGUUGCAAAUGAGGUGAUUGAUGAUGUAAAGAAGAAGAGGAAGGAGACAUUCUUGUUCAAGAUCGACUUUGAAAAGGCAGGUCUUAAUGGACUGGUCUCAGCUGCAUCUCAGAAAGGGUUAUUGGACGAAGCAGAGGUGGGGAGCAGAGGUUUUAAAGUUUCUCACCUGCAAUACGCGAAUGACACAAUUCUUUUUGCUACAGCUAAAGAGGAAAAUGUGUGGGCAAUGAAGGGUGUCUUGAGAGCUUUCGAACUAGUCUCGGGCCUUAAGAUAAAUUUCAACAAAAGUCAUUUGAUUGGCAUACAUGUGCAAGAGGGUUGGCUCAACAAAAUGUCAUGGGUGCUUUGCUGCAAAGUUGGGGUUUUUCCAUUUAAAUAUCUGGGCAUUCCCAUUGGAGGAAGUAGUAGAAAGAAGGCCUUUUGGAGACCGUUAGUGGAACUAUUUGCUAAAAAGUUAUCUGCAUGGAAGGGUACGAUUCAUUCACUUGAUAAAAUUCGUAGAGGUUUUCUAUGGGGUGGGGCUGCAGGAGAAAAGAAAAUUAAUUGGGUGAAGUGGGAACAUGUUUGCAAAGAUAAAAAACAGGGUGGUUUGGGGGUUAAGGAUUUGAGAAAAUUUAAUAUAGCCCUAUUAGGAAAAUGGUGGGGGAGGAUAGUCAUGGCAGAUAAAGGAGUCUGGAAAAAGGUUAUUGCAGAGAAGUAUGGUCGGGUAAGGGAACCUAGCUUCAAUUGGUUGAGGGAGAACAUUAAAUGUGGCUCAUCUUGGUGGAGGGACUUAAGUAGAUUGAAUGAUAUAGAUGAUGAGAAGAAAGGAUGGUUAGUGGAUGGGCUGGAAUUAAAACUAGGGGAAGGGGUAGACAUUAGUUUCUGGUGGGACGAGUGGUGUGGGGAUGGGUGUUUAGCUAACAAAUAUCCUAGAUUGUACUUGUUAUCUGUAGGAAAGGACUUUAAGAUCCCACAAAUGGGAGGUUGGCACAAUGACACUUGGAUGUGGAGUCUACGAUUGAGAAGGCCCCUAUUUAGUUGGGAAGAACAUCAGGAACUGGAGCUCCUAAAGGAGAUUAACGAGAUAACAAUCGUAAGAGGAAGACCAGAUCAAAGGAUAUGGAUUCAGAGUACAGAUGGUAGCUAUACGACCAAAUUAGCAUACCAGUUACUUGCAGCAGAUCAUAGAAACAGCCAGCAGGGGUUGGUUCUACAAAAAGCAUGGAAUCCACUUAUACCGAGUAAAAUCUCAACAUUCUCUUGGCAAUUGCUACAAGGGGAGGAAAAUUCCAACCACCUUUUCGUUCAGUGUAAAGUGGCACGUGAUCUAUGGACAGCUUGUUACAAGUGGUGGGGAAUUAAAACAGUAACUGAUAAAGAUUGCUUGAGAUUUUUUGAACAACAUUCCAGGGGAAGGAGGUGGAUAGUGGAAGGUUGUUUGAACUGGUCCAAAUCAGGGCCUUCAGCUGGAUUAAGGGCAAAAGGAGAGAUAGUUUUUUUCUCCAUAGCUGAUUGGAUCCAGAAUCCUGUAAACUGUUUGAGUUUUAAUCGCGACAGUAGAAGGAAUCUCAAGAGAAAGUCAUCUGAAAUGGAGGUGGAGCAGUGAACGAAGGAGGUCAAGAUCAUUCACCUAAUUGGUUAAUUAUAUUACUGCCUGGUUGAAAAUCUUUGUUGGAUCAAGAAGGCUUCUUUGAGCAAUUUUUGACUGCAGAUUAUGUACCUGAAGCAUUGAGGGUCUUUGGAGUUCUAAGCGGCAGUCAAGGUAUGCUCAGAGUGAUAGCGGGAUGCUAGCAAAAAUGUUUUUAAUGAUCAAUAUAGUGAUUGAUUAAGU